AUGGCUUUCCCAGAUAGGCCCGUGGCACAUCUUCUUGGCUCCAAUGGCCCCGUUCAUGCUGUAACUUAUUCUGCUUCUCCCGGAAAUUACAUUCUCACCGGGUCGGCAGAUCGUUCAAUUCGACUGUAUAAUCCCUUCCCCAGCACGGCCAUCCCUGAGAUCCGGCCCAGCGCAAAGCCGGCCGUGCCACAGGGGCGCCUCAUCCAGACGUACGCCGCGCACGGGUAUGAGGUCACCAGCCUCGCCGUCGCGUCCGACAACGAGAGCUUCGUGUCUGGGGGCGGCGAUCGCGCGGUCUUUUUGUGGGACGUGAGUAAGGCGGUGACGACGAGGCGGUUCGGGGGCAACGCGCAGGGGCAUUCGGCGCGGAUCAACUGCGUGAGCUUCGCGGGCGCGGGGGACUCGCUGGUGGUGAGUGGUGGGUUUGACACGACGGUGCGAGUGUGGGAUGUGCGCAGCACGAGCUUCAAGCCGAUUCAGGUGCUGAGUGAGGCGAAGGAUGCGGUGACGAGUCUGGCUGUGAUGGGGCCGGAGGUGGUUGCGGGGAGCGUGGAUGGGAGGGUGAGGAGCUAUGAUGUGCGAAUGGGGAGAUGUACUACGGAUGUGAUGGGCGCGAGCGUGGUGAGUUUGGAUAUCACGAGAGACGGCAAAGCCAUGCUGGUAGGGUCAUUGGACAGCAAGCUACGGUUGAUUGAUAGAGAACAUGGGACGUGUCUGAGGGCAUACUCGGAUCCGUUGUGGAAGAACGAGGAGUUGCGGCUGCAGUCGAUGCUGGGCGGUAAGGAGAAGUACGUGGUGGCAGGAGAUGAGAUGAUCGGAGAGACAGAUGCCGGCGGUGCGGGGAGGAUAUGGGCCUGGGAUAUCCUGUCAGGCAAAGUGGUGGCCAAAGUGACGGUGCCAUGGGGCCCCGUUGGCCACGAGGUGAAGAAGGUAAUUGGGAAAGAUGGCAAGCCAAAGGUGCGAAACAAUGUCAUCAGCUGCAUGGCAUGGCGGGAUGGAGGCUGGGGAGAUCAGUACUGUGUGGGAGGGACGUCUGGAGUGGUAACCGUAUUUGGAACGUUAUAG